UUCACCGACGAGUAUCAGCUCUUCGAGGAGCUCGGAAAGGGGGCAUUCUCAGUGGUGAGAAGAUGUAUGAAAAUCCCUACUGGACAAGAGUAUGCUGCCAAAAUUAUCAACACCAAAAAGCUUUCUGCUAGGGGUGGGUAUUUUAAACCACAUUUAUUUAUAUAUGUUAAUUUUGUAUUUGUUGUGUAGAUUGGUGUUGUCUUGUAAGUAAAUGUAGCAUGCAGUUAUAACUGAAUUUUAAACUUAGGAGUCAUAUUAUGUACUGACAUUUUUUCCUUGCCAAAUGUCCCUUGGUCUGUAUACUUUGAUAGGAAAUGAAAAAUAUAUAAUUGUUAUGGGUAACAUAAAAUGCUGUCGUAUGAGCAGUAACAUAAAUAAAUACUUUGCAAAGCAUA